AUGGCGUCAGUCUAUGGCUUCUGCUGCCUUUUACCUCAAGUCAAAAACUUUAAGUGCAGAAAUCUCUCCAUUACUGUACAAGAAACACAAAAAAAUCAAGACAGGGCAAAUGGGCUUGGCAGCUCCUUGGCGGUGGCGGUGGUUGACCGUAGCAGUUCCUAUCCUGGCCCUGUCCAUGUCAGGGCCAGGCCCCGGAAGGAUGGCGCCCUAGAGCCUGGUCUCACUCACUGGGGUCGGGGCGGGAGGGGGACGGGGUGGGGACCGGCCAUUUCGGAGGUGACCCAGAGUCUGCUGCAGUGCUGGGGCACCAGUUUUAGGAGAGGCGCCAACUUCGACUCCUGGGGCCAGCUGGUGGAGGCAAUAGACAAGUAUCAGAAAUUAGCAAGACAUCUACAAAAGGAGGCCCAGGCUCAGCACAACAAUUCUGAAUUCACAGAAGAACAAAAGAAAACCAUAGGCAAAAUUGCAACAUGCUUGGAAUUGCGAAGUGCAGCUUUACAGUCCACACAGUCCCAAGAAGAAUUUAAACUGGAGGACCUGAAGAAGCUAGAACCAAUCCUAAAGAAUAUUCUUACAUAUAAUAAAGAAUUUCCAUUUGAUGUGCAGCCUGUCCCAUUAAGAAAAAUUUUCGCACCUGGUGAAGAAGAGAAUUUGGAAUUUGAAGAGGAUGAAGAAGAGGGUGGUGCUGGAGCAGGGUCUCCAGAUUCUUUUCCUGCUAGAGUUCCUGGUACUUUAUUACCCAGGUUGCCGUCAGAGCCAGGAAUGACCUUACUCACUAUCAGAAUUGAGAAAAUUGGUCUGAAGGAUGCUGGGCAAUGCAUCGAUCCCUAUAUUACAGUCAGUGUGAAGAAUUUGAAUGGCAUAGACUUAACUCCAGUGCAAGAUACUGCUGUGGCCUCAAGAAAAGAAGAUACAUAUGUUCACUUUAAUGUGGACAUUGAGCUCCAGAAGCAUGUUGAAAAGUUAACCAAAGGUGCAGCUAUCUUCUUUGAAUUCAAACACUACAAACCUAAAGAGAGGUUUACCAGCACCAAGUGUUUUGCUUUCAUGGAGAUGGAUGAAAUUAAACCUGGGCCCAUUGUAAUAGAACUGUACAAGAAACCCACUGACUUUAAAAGGAAGAAACUUCAAUUAUUGACCAAGAAGCCACUUUAUCUUCAUCUACAUCAAACUUUGCACAAGGAGUGACCCUGAUACGAAUAACCUGGAACUUCUGUGCAUUCUGUCG